GUGUGCGCGCGUGUGCUGGGCGGGCGGGCGGGGGCGGCUCCUCCUCCGGCCCGCGGCUCGCCGCUCGCCAACUCCGGCCCGGCGCGGGCGCACGGCGGGCAGCAUGCUGAGCCUCCUCGUCUGGAUCCUCACUCUCUCCGACACUUUCUCCCAAGGGACCCAGACGCGCUUCAGCCAGGAGCCAGCCGACCAGACCGUGGUGGCCGGACAGCGGGCCGUGCUCCCCUGCGUGCUGCUCAACUACUCGGGGAUCGUGCAAUGGACCAAGGACGGGCUGGCGCUGGGCAUGGGCCAGGGGCUCAAAGCCUGGCCUCGGUACCGGGUCGUGGGCUCCGCGGACGCCGGGCAGUACAACCUGGAGAUCACGGACGCCGAGCUGUCUGACGACGCCUCGUACGAGUGCCAGGCCACGGAGGCCGCCCUGCGCUCCCGGCGGGCCAAGCUCACUGUGCUCAUCCCCCCGGAGGACACCAGGAUCGACGGGGGCCCCGUGCUUCUGCUGCAGGCGGGCAUCCCCCACAACCUCACCUGCCGCGCCUUCAGUGCCAAGCCCGCGGCCACCAUCACCUGGUUCCGGGACGGGGCGCAGCAGGAGGGCGCCGUGGCCAGCACGGAGCUGCUGAAGGACGGGAAGCGGGAGACCACCGUCAGCCAGCUGCUCAUCAACCCCACGGACCUGGACAUCGGGCGCGUCUUCACCUGCCGCAGCGCCAACGAGGCCGUCCCCAGCGGCAGGGAGACCUCCAUCGAGCUGGAUGUGCACCACCCUCCCACGGUGACCCUGUCCAUCGAGCCACAGACGGUGCAGGAGGGCGAGCGCGUUGUCUUUACGUGCCAGGCCACAGCCAACCCCGAGAUCCUGGGCUACAGGUGGGCCAAGGGCGGCUUCUCCAUCGAAGAUGCCCACGAGAGUCGCUAUGAGACGAAUGUCGACUAUUCCUUCUUCACAGAGCCUGUGUCCUGUGAGGUUUACAACAAAGUGGGCAGCACCAAUGUCAGCACUUUGGUGAAUGUCCACUUCGCCCCCCGGAUUGUGGUUGACCCUAAACCUACGACCACGGACAUUGGCUCUGACGUGACGCUCACCUGUGUCUGGGUUGGGAAUCCCCCCCUCACCCUCACCUGGACCAAGAAGGACUCCAACAUGGGGCCCAGGCCUCCUGGCUCCCCACCCGAGGCUGCUCUCUCUGCCCAGGUCCUGAGCAACAGCAACCAGCUGCUGCUGAAGUCGGUGACCCAGGCGGACGCCGGCACCUACACCUGCCGGGCCAUCGUGCCCCGCAUCGGAGUGGCCGAGCGGGAGGUGCCGCUCUACGUCAACGGGCCCCCCAUUAUCUCCAGCGAGGCGGUGCAGUACGCCGUGCGGGGGGACGGCGGCAAGGUGGAGUGCUUCAUCGGGAGCACGCCCCCCCCAGAUCGCAUUGCGUGGGCCUGGAAGGAGAACUUCCUGGAGGUGGGCACCCUGGAGCGCUACACAGUGGAGAGGACCAACUCGGGCAGCGGCGUGCUGUCCACGCUCACCAUCAACAACGUCAUGGAGGCCGACUUCCAGACCCACUACAACUGCACGGCCUGGAACAGCUUCGGCCCGGGCACCGCCAUCAUCCAGCUGGAGGAGCUAGAGGUGCUGCCUGUGGGCAUCAUCGCGGGAGCCACCAUCGGGGCCGGCAUCCUGCUCACCUUCUCCCUCAUCGCCCUUGUGUUCUUCCUCUACCGGCGGCGCAAAGGCAGUCGCAAGGACGUGACCCUCAGGAAGCUGGACAUCAAGGUGGAGACCGUGAACCGGGAGCCGCUCACCAUGCACUCUGACCGGGAGGAUGACACCGCCAGCGUCUCCACGGCCACCCGCGUCAUGAAAGCCAUCUACUCAUCCUUCAAGGACGACGUGGACUUGAAGCAGGACCUGCGCUGUGACACCCUCGACACCCGGGAGGAGUAUGAAAUGAAGGACCCCACCAACGGCUACUACAACGUGCGCGCCCACGAGGACCGGCCGGCCUCGCGCACGGUGCUCUACGCCGACUACCGCGCGCCCGGGCCCGCGCGCUUCGACGGCCGCCCGGCCUCGCGCCUCUCGCACUCGAGCGGCUACGCGCAGCUCAGCUCCUACGGCCGCGCGCCCGCCGCCGACUUCCCCGAGCCCGCGCCCGCCGCGCCCGCCGCCGACACGGCCAGCCAGCUGUCCUACGACAACUACGACAAGUUCGGCGCCCACCCGUUCCCCGGGGCCGCGGGCUACCCCACCUACCGGCUGGGCUACCCGCAGGCGCCCGCCGGCCUGGAGCGGACCCCCUUCGAGGCCUACGACCCCAUCGGCAAGUUCGCCACGGCCACGCGCUUCUCCUACACGUCGCAGCACUCGGACUUCGGGCAGCGCUUCCAGCAGCGCAUGCAGACGCACGUGUAGCCGGCAGGGGGCGCUCUGCGGGCGGAGGGCAGCUCUGCGGGCGGCAGGGGGCGCUCUGCGGACAGAGGAGGAGCGGGCCCCCUGAUAUUCAGGGGCGCUGCUUGCCCGCAGCUCCUGUCCCCAACCAACCAACCUCCCUCCUUCCGCCCUGGCAGGUGGGGGGACAGGUCUCCCCCCGAAACAUCCACCUGAGGUGCUUGCUCUGUGCUGCCCAGCCUCCUGGGCCUGCCCUUCCCUCCUCCGCGGGAGGGUGGGGCUGGGAAGGGGAAGGUCGUGGAGAGCAGAGGGGGCGCUUUUUGGCAUUCCUGUCCCGCCCCCCUGGUCUCCCAGGACGGGGCUGGGGGUUCGUGUGGGAGGGGGUCGGCUCUGGCCUAGGGGGCCGCAUGCAGUCUAGGGGUGAGUGUUGGCGCUGGCACAUAGAGGUGGACACAGGCUGGCCUGGCCGGUCCUCUGUCAUCUGCAUUCGUACCCCGGUGUAUCCCCUUCCUUCCUCGGGACUGCAGAAGGUCCUGGGGUUUAUUGGACCUUGGCCUAGGGAACAGCCCUGGCACUGAGUUCAAAUCCAGCCCUCCUCCAGGGAGAUGAAAAUGCCCGCCCUCCUGGCUGCCUGCUACGGAUGCCCGUCUGUCAGUCUGCAGAGGGACCAGGCUGCCCCCCUUACCUUCUCUGUGCGGGGCUAGCCAGACAUGUCAGGGGUCAUGGUGGAAGAAGGAAAGGCCAGGAACCACGUCCUGACUCACCAGCAAGAUGACUGUAUGUGACCCAGCCGUUUGCAGAAGCCACGCUAGGGGUGCCCACCCAAGCCUUUCUCUCCCCAGGCUGCCCCCCUUCCUGCCUGGGGAGGUGUGGGUGAGAGGGGAGGAGUCUUAUAGGCUAUUUUUUCAAAGAAAAAACAAAACAAAAAACCCUCCCCAAUAACAAUAAACAUCUCAUUUGGGGGAAAAAAAGGUAACAGUAAAGCUGUAAGGAUUCCCCCGCCCAAAUACCAGUCCCAGGGGGAAGGAGAGGGCACCUGCCCGUCACCAGCUUCCUGGCACCGUCCACUACUCUGUCUCCGAGCCUGUCUCUGAACACCCGGCGGUGAGGCCAGUCUGCGGACGGGCUGACAGGCUUAGGGAGGGGACCCGGCUCUCAGACACCCUGCACCACCCCAAGCCCACCACGGCCUAGAGGCCACCUUCUGAGGGGGGUGAGAUGCGCUCUUCACACGGGUUUUGCUUAAGCGUCUUUCCCCCCCUCUUGGAUCCAUCCUGUUCCUCCGCUUCGCAGUGCCUUGCGCUCAGGUUGGCCGGCCCUGUGUGGGAGGCUUGCGGGGAGCGGGCAUUCUGAGCCCCAGACACUGUCAAGCGUUGCAGGUUUUCGGGAACAGGGGCCAGGGGGCUGGUAGGAGGAAGGGAAGACUGGGUAAGGUGGUCCAGAGGGCACUGCAGGCGGCCGCGGCCCAGGCUGAUACCCACACAUGCACACGCUCGGUCCCCAUGGCUUUCAGCCACCACCUGCUAACCAAAGAGAACCAGCACUCCAAAGAA